AAAAAUGUGCUACACAUUCACAGAACGCACAUCGACGUAGUAACCAUACCUAUUUAUAUUGAAUAAUAAUAUUUAUAUAUUUUGUGCAAUGGAAGAUUAUAAAUUCUUAUUUAAAGUAGUACUAGUUGGUAAUGCAGGUGUCGGAAAAACUUGUUUGGUCCGUCGAUUUACACAGGGAAUGUUUCCUCCGGGUCAAGGUGCAACAAUUGGAGUGGAUUUUAUGAUAAAAACAAUUGAAAUAGACAAUGAAAAAGUCAAACUCCAAAUUUGGGAUACAGCAGGACAAGAAAGAUUUCGUUCUAUUACCCAAAGUUAUUAUCGAUCUGCACAUGCUUUAAUAUUAAUUUACGAUAUAACAUCCCAGCCAACAUUUGAUUGCCUUAAUGAUUGGCUUCGUGAAAUUGAUGAAUAUGCAAAUAACAGAGUGCUAAGAGUUUUAGUUGGUAACAAAAUAGACAAAGAAGACCGUGAAAUUCCUUCUCAUGUAGGUCAAGACUUUGCUCAAAGGCAUGAUAUGCGCUAUUUAGAAACAUCAGCAAAACAAGCAGACAAUGUAGAAAAAUUAUUUGUUCAAAUUGCUUCUGAAUUGAUGGAGCAAGCUAAAUCCAAAGGAAUAUCUUCAGACAGUCCACAGUCUUUACCAUUCAACACUAGAACAUCUAAAUCCAUAAAUGAUUACUGUUGUAAUCGUUGAAACCUAAUUAUCAGUAUUUAUUAUUAUUGUCAUUGGUAUUUAACUCAGUUUAUCACAGGGUAAAUUAUAAUCAAACUAAUACUUUACCUAAAAUCAAUCCAAUAAUAAUAUUUUUAACAAUUAAUAGUUACCUAACCGUAACAUGAUGAGCAAAAGUAAUUAGUAUUAUAGUUUUAAUUUUAACUCCACCUCAGUUAUUGUUUUCUUUAUUGAUAUUUUUAUGUUUUAUGGUUGUAUAAAAUGUUGGCAUACAAUAUGUGUUGUAUGUGCAUCCAAAAUAAAUGUGCUCAAGUAUAAUAUGAUCAUCAAAUUAAAUUAAAUCUAACAACACUACUAAUCAGUAUUUCGAUCAAAAUUGUUUUUUCACAACUUAGAUGUAUCAAGAUUAACAAUUUUUCAAGUAUUAUAAAACCGUAUUUAAUAAUAUUAAUAAAAAAUUUGUCUAGAAAUUGUUUUUAAUGUUUUAUGUAACUCAUUGUUUAUUUUAGUUUUUAAUAUCUCAUUUAAAAUAUGUAUAAAUAGAUUGUUUUCCCUAUUAAUUUAAUAUAAUUCUUAUUAAAGAAACAAAUGACCCCAUAUAAUCUAUAUGGAAUUUUUUUUUAACUGAUUAUUAAAAAGUAAAUAUAAAUUAUAAUUUUUAGUUUUUGUUAUAUUGUAUUUUAGCUAUAAGUAACUUAAUUUAUUAUUACUACCAGGAACAAAAAUGUUGUGUUUAUUUUAUACUUAAUUAUAAAAUGUAAAUAUUUAUUUUUUUUUACAAAAAAAUUAGUGCAAUACUUUUGAUUAUAUUAUUAAGAAAUGAGAAUUUUAUGUAGAGAAAUAUUAGGAUUUGUAGCACAAUAAAUUUUGUUUAUUAUAUUUGAUAAUGUAAUUUGCUGUUAUUAUUAUUAAAUGUUUUAUAUUAAUAAUAACUGUAUUUAAAAAUAAUCUUUUUUUUUCUUAUUUUGUACACUAAAUGUUAUAUUAUGUAUUAUAAAUGUUUUGUUGUAUUAUUAAUAUUCUACGGUUAUUCAUUAUUCUUCUAAAAUGAAUUGUUAAAUUAAUUACUCUAUUUUUACUCAAGAAUAAUAUGCCAGCAUAUUCAUUUGAAAAUAUAUUUACAACCUAUCUUAAUACAUUAUAUAUUAUUUUAGUAUAUAUAAGUACAUUCAUUAAACAGGUGGCCGUAUUUAAUGCUAAACAACUACAAAUAUGUUUCUUAAAAACUUUGAUAAUAAGUUUGUUUGUGUUAAAUUUCAAGUCAUGCUUAAUAAUUUAAACACCAAUUAAAUAAAAAAAAAUUAUAUUAUAUUAUUAUUAAAAAUAAAAUAAAAUUAACUAAACUUGUUUAGUAAUUUAUUUUCCUAUAAGCAUUAUUAAAAAUGGUUUUGCUUGUAAAUUAUUAUGAACUUUGAUUUUAUUGUUUGGCAUAUCUCUGUAAUUAUGAUAACAAAAAAUAUUUUUUGGAAGAUUUAAUAACUAAUAAAUUACAGUUCUAACAUUAUUUUAUUUUUUUUUUCAAGAUAUAUUACAUCGAUUUUCUUAUAAAUAUUAUAUUAUUUCUGUCUAAUAAAUUAUCAAUUUUUUAUUGGAAUAUGGUUGUUAACAAUAUUUGAUUGUAACUUGUAUUGAGUUGUAUGUAUUGUCAAUGUAACCCAUGGUUAAUGUUAAAUAUCACAAUUUAAGAUAUAGGUAAAAGGUGCUAAGAAUGCAACCAUGCCUUAUUGUUUAAUAUUUUAAUUAUAAAAUGAAGAUUUUGCUCCUCUAAGUUUAUAAUAUUAAUAACACGUUUAAAGUUUAAUACUGAUGUUGAUUUGUCAUAUUCAUUAAUUAUUAUACCACAGAUUAUUAUUAAUCAUUAUAUCUAUUCUGUGAAUAUACACUACAGUUCAACAGUUGUA